AUGGACGCGCAGAACAUCCAGAAGACGAAGGGCAUGAUGCACUCCUUCGCGAUGGGCGAGGCGAUGAUAGCGGCGGCGAACGACUACAAGCGCGAGCUGAAGCAGCAAGAGGAGGAAGCCCAGCGAGCAGCGCGACGCGGCGUGACGCUCGACAUGCAGGACCUGCAGGACGACGAGGACCUGCAGAAGCUGUACGAGGACCGCAUCGCCAAGAUCAAGGAGGAGCAGGAGAAGCGGCAGCUCAUGCAGCAGAAGGGCCAUGGGUCGCUGAAUGAGAUCCACGAGAAGGACUUCCUCGAGGCAGUGACCAAGACCAAGCGGGUCGUGGCGCACUUUUUCCACCGCGAGUUCGAGCGCUGCAAGAUCAUGGACGCGCACCUCGCGAAGCUGGCCAAGGGUUACUUCGACACGUUGUUCGUCAAGAUCUCCGCUCCAGACGCGCCGUUCUUCGUGGAGAAGCUCCAGGUCCAGGUGCUGCCCUGCGUGGUCCUCCUGAAGGACGGCAUCACCGUGGAGCGGGUGGUGGGCUUCGACGGGCUCGGCAAGGACGACUUCCCAACCAGCGUUCUGGAGGCGAGGCUGCUAGAGGCCGGAGUGCUGGUCCCUCAGGCGGCGACCGAGGACCCAGAGCCGGAGCAGAACACCAACAUCCGGAAAGGCAACACCUUCGACGCGGCCGACGUGGAGGACGAGAGCAGCGACUUUGAGGAUUGA